UAGAAUUUUCCGCAUUCUGUUUUUGGAUGAUUGUAUCCUUGUGAGAUUGUUUAAUAUAUUUCUCCAGCCUCUGUACUUCUUGUAAACUGUUAGAUCUAGAUGUGGUACUGUCGAAUACACCUGCUGAACUGAUAGAAAUGUUCUGUAUCUGUGCUUUCCAAUAUGGUAGCCGUUAGCCACAUGUAGCUGUUGGUACCAGAGGUAUCUAUGGAUGGAGGAGAGAUGCCAGGUAGAGUUUUGUGGCAAACCCUAAAAAGAAGAGCCAUGAUAGAGAUCCCUAUGGUUCUGGAGCAGGGUCAGGACAUCUGCAACAGAGGCCUACACACUAUACAAAAAACUGUCCCGGCCUACUACUGGGUCCUGGUUAAGAUGGUGAGUGUGACCACAAGAUAUCGUUGAGUGAUCAUGUGGCCAGAGGUGGCUGUCAUGAGCUGUCUUCUAUCAGACCCACCAAGUCAUAAAGUCAGGCAGGUCCAAAACAAAAAGGGGGACAAGAAAAUUGGGCACAAGCUGGGCCAGAGGGCAAAGUGAGCUGCAUGAGUAGGUGGCCCAGACCCCCAUGUCACCCACCAUUGCUUGGCCAGUACCUUUCCCUCAGCUCACACCUACAGCCGUAUGGGGGAACUCUUAUGACCAGCUGAUGGAGGAGGAAAAAGUUCAAGCUUGAUUUGUGAAUGGAUUGGCUCAAUAUGAGGGUCUGAGCUGAAGAUGGACUGUUGUACUACAGCCCUACUUGGGGGUAACCCUGAGAUCCUCCCGAUUGGCAGAGCUCCAGGUCGUGCACCUGGUCAUUCCCUUUUGUAGAAAGAAAAGGGGUCCAAUAGAAGAAUAUAUAUGGGCCCAUGGGCAAUGGUAAAUGGCUUGGCUGGUUGGUCAGGGGCCUAUGAGGAGAUUGGAACAUCAGGGUCAAGGGGGUUUGGAGAAGAGGCACAUAGAUGGAUCUUGAGGACCAGGCACAAAGUGAGGUCUUUAUAGCACAUGUAUCAUAUGUUAACGCCCACCAGAGAGCAUCUACCAUGGAAGAGACUAAACCAAGUAAACAGCGUGAUUCAGCCAGCAGUCAUUGGCCAGCCUGUCAAAGACCACCCCAGCGCUGGCACAAUGGCAGUAGGGGAGAGGCUAGUAACGGGUGCACCGGCCUGGACACCCACUCACUAAGGCUCACCUGGCUACUGCCACUGCUGAAUGUCCACCCUACAGCGACACUGAAUCUGCCACAUGCCACCAUUCCUCAGGGAGACCAGCCAGCCACUUGGUAACAAGCUGACCACGUCAGACCCUUUCCACUCUGGAAAGGGAGCAAUUUAUCUUGACUGAAAUCAACGCAGUACAUAUUAUGCGUAUGGGUUAGCCUCUCCUGCCUGCAUGGCCUCAGCCAGCACCGGCAUCUGAAGGCUCACACAGUGUUUGACCCACCGACAUGGUAUAUCACAUACCAUCCCCUCAGGCCAAGUGGUCCACUUUUUAGCAAAGGGGGGUGCAGUAAUGGGCAGAUGACCAUGGGAUCCACUAAUCCUAAUGUCUACCUCCCCAUCCUGAGGCCGCCGACCUGACAGAGCAAUAGAAGGAAUGGCCUUUGGAAGGAACAGCUAACAUUCCAGCUCGGAGAUGCAUCAACUCAACCAGAGUGCCGAAAGAGGAAGAUAUUUUCAUAUGAUUAACAGAUAAAGGUUCUGCCUUCAUAGUUCUCUGCCUUUACCCAAAAGCUGCAGAAAAUGAACAAAUCCCAGGGAUCAGUUUCAUUCACGGAUGUGACUGUGGACUUCACCCAGGAGGAAUGGGAGCAACUGGACCCCUCUCAGAGGAUCCUCUACAUGGACGUGAUGCUGGAGAAUUACAGCAACUUACUAUCAGUGGAGGUAUGGAAGGCUGAUGACCAGAUGGAGAGGGACCACAGAAACCCAGAUGAGCAGGCAAGGCCAUUUAUAAUCUUUAAGAACCAAACCCCAAUUGAAGAAAGAGAUAAUCUCUUUGGAAAAACAUUUAAUCUUAGCACAGACUUUGUUUCUUUAAGACAAGUACCCUAUAAAUAUGACUUAUAUGAAAAAACUUUGAGAUAUAAUUCAGACUUACUUACUAGCGAUAGAAGCUAUAUAAGAAAGAAAGACGACGACUGUAACGGAUUUGGAAAAGCACUCCUCUAUCUGAAGCAAGAGAAAACCCAUACUGGAGUGGAAUACUCUGAAUAUAAUAGAAGUGGAAAAGCCUUCAGCCAUAAAGAAGGCAUUUUUAAACACCAGAAAAUCAGAAAUUUGGUGCAACCUUUUAUCUGUAAUUAUUGUGACAAGGCGUUCUCAUUUAAAUCACUCCUUAUUAGUCAUAAGAGAAUACAUACUGGAGAAAAACCUUAUGAAUGUAAUGUGUGUAAGAAAACCUUCUCCCAUAAGGCAAACCUCAUUAAACAUCAGAGAAUCCAUACUGGGGAGAAACCCUUUGAAUGUCUUGAAUGUGGAAAAGCUUUCACCCACCAGUCAAACCUCAUUGUACACCAGCGAGCACAUAUGGAGAAGAAGCCCUACGAAUGCAGUGAAUGUGGCAAGACCUUUGCCCAGAAAUUUGAACUUACUACACACCAGAGAAUUCAUACUGGAGAACGACCCUAUGAGUGUAAUGAAUGCGCCAAAACCUUCUUCAAGAAAUCAAACCUCAUUAUACACCAGAAAAUUCACACAGGGGAGAAACGCUAUGAGUGCAGUGAAUGUGGAAAAUCCUUUAUCCAGAACUCACAACUCAUUAUACAUAUGAGAACUCAUACCGGAGAAAAACCCUAUGAAUGUACUGAAUGCGGCAAAACAUUCAGCCAGAGGUCAACUCUUAGAUUACAUUUGCGAAUCCACACAGGAGAGAAACCAUAUGAGUGUUCUGAAUGUGGGAAGGCCUUCAGCAGGAAGUCCCGACUCAGUGUCCAUCAGAGGGUUCAUACCGGGGAUAAACCCUGAGACUGCAGCCAGGUUGUACUGUGGAGAACCCUUCCAAUGGGGAGAAGCCUCGCGAAGGUGUUGAAGGAACAUGGGAACUCAUACUGAGAUACAAUCUGUCAACUCAAAAAUGUAUAAAAAUGAGGUCCCCUAAGAACAAUAUUGUACUGAUUGAUAGGUAUAUGAUACCCAACUAAAGAAUACAUAUCAGAAUAUAUCCAAUUGUAAAUAGACAUACUUAGCUGUAUUACAGUGAGUUUUUUAAAAUCUUGAAUAAUUCAUUCAAUAAUGAAAUAUUCUGGCAGCAAGCAGCAUAAAGGAGCUAGAGACAGUACCCUAGGAAUUCAGUGGUUAUGUGCGAGAAUAUGCCACAAAAAAAAAAAAAAAUGUAUAUUUUAGAUCUGCACAUGUAAAUUUAACAGACACUAAGAGUUUUAAAUUCUUGUCUUGAUAAUCAAAUUAGGACACAUCAAACAUGAUUUUCCAUACUGAACAUGUGUUUUUCAGUACCUUUACAAUCCAGUAUGCAUUCCAAAUGAAACACGUAACAGAUUUUCAUAUCAUGUAGCGUAUGUUUUCUCCUCCUCCUUGCUGGCAUGUAUAAGUUGGUAUGACCAUUGUUAUUGAGCUGCCUCUUCAGUCAACAGAAGACAAUGUUGUUGAAGUUUUAACCUUCUGGGUUUGCUGAAGAUUUCCUAGAAGUAUUAUUGACAUAAAUAUGCAAGUGUGAGAUAAUUGAGAGAGACUGAAGAGAGUGAAAGGCAGCAGAUGUGGGUUUUAUCACUCACUGUGCACCACGGAAUAAAUGGGCUGUGUAAAGAAUAACCACACCCAUCAUGCUCUUGUUAUUUUCCACUGGGAUAUUUACAUACAAAUGCAAAUGCAUGUCUUUUACCAAAAUAUUGUACAACCCAGAAACUACAUGUAUUUUUGGGUGUUUCCCUAUUGCUCUUAAUGUUUUAUAAAUUGUCUUGCAAAAAAUAGGAUGCAUAUGUCGUUCAAGUGUUAAAUUUCAGAGACUUCAGAGGAAAAAUAAUUUAAGAAACUCAAUAAAUGUCUUAUAUUGCUUUUUAAAUUUUCCAUGUGCUUAGUCCACUUUAGAAAUAAAUUUUUGCAGAAUUCUGUUUAAAAGGAGGCAUUUCUUCCAUGAGUUUCAUUAUCAUCAACCAAAAGCAUUUCCCUUUGGAACCUGACUUAGUGUAAGUUACAACUUUGCUUUAAAGGCUCACAAACACUUCAUAAAUUAGACUUUAGUGAUGUCCCCAUAUAUUGAUUAUUAACCUAAAAAAAUUUCUUAUUUUUGCAUAACUAGCUCAAAGAUUCCAUUUUAGGCUUGAUUUCAAAUUCACCAGUUCCUUUCCUUAUCCAUCACAAAUCAUGCAUUAGAAUUGUAAAUGGUCACUGUAACUGGCCUUUUUUUCUUUUGUUUUUGAAGAGUAUUGAUGUGCUAUGACUGUAUAUGAACGUGAAUGAUUUUUCUGAACAAAUUUAUCAGAAUAUCCAUAGUCCAGUAAGUCUUUGUCUUUCUAAAUUGUCAUCUUAUCUAUACUAAUGGCAAGGAAGCAAGGGAAGAGGUUAACUUCCUACACUGCUGUUAGAAAUACAAAUUGUGACAACCUCCUUGGAAAUAAUUGUGACUCUGUCUCUUAACGUUAAGAACACACAUGCAGUUGACUCUUGAACAGCACCAGUUUAAUAUGCGCAGGUCCGCUUAUACACGGAUUUUUUUCAGUAAGUGCUACAGUCCUACACAAUCCACGGCUGGUUGAAUCUGUAGAUGCAGAACCUUGGAUAUGGAGGACUGACUUUAUACUUGGGUUUUCGACUACACUGAAGAUCCGUGCCUUUAACCCCUGUGUUAUUCAAGGGCCAACUCUACUCUUCAACCCAGCAGACUCACUUCUGGGAAUCCAUCCCUAGGAAAAAAAAUAAAGUGCCAGUACCUAAGACUAUGUGUUUAUCAAUGUAUAUUGUAUUUUUUGGUAAGGGCAAAAAAAGGAAACAAUGUGAGUGACCAUCAGUAAGGGAAUGAUUGAAUAAACUGUGGUAAAGAUAUACCACAGCUGGACAGUAUUCCAUGGGAAGGAGCGUUUAGGGGUAAAUGCCACCAAGACAGAUGGGGGGAGGGGGGAGAGAAAAAGUGUGUGUGCGUGCCUGUGUGUGUGUGUGUGUACACCAAAUUUUGUAAAAUAAAAAUCUAAAAAUGUUGUG